AUGGAAUGGACGGAUGAUUAUAAUCACAUUGUAUGUGAGUUAUUCGCUGAAGAAGUAAAGAGAGGGAAUAGGCCAAAUACACAUUUGAACACUUUAGGUUACACUGAACUGUCGGGAAGAUUUUACCAAAUGACCGGAAUCAAGUUAUCAAAGACACAAAUCAAGAACAAGUGGGAUAGGUUGAAGAAUGAUUGGUCAAUUUGGCAAAAGUUAGUGCGGAAUCAAACUGGAACCGGUUGGGACAAUACAAGAGGAGUAAUUAACAUGGAAAAUGAAUGGUGGAAAAAAAUGAAAGUGGUAAACGUGCCGGGUUCUGGAAAAUUCAAGAAGAAAGUGCUGCAAAAUCAAGACUUCCUUAGAGAAAUGUUUGGUGACAUUUCUAAUGAUGAAACUGAUCAUUGGAACCCGACGAGUGACAAUCCUGUUAUACCCGAUAGGCAAAAAGACACUAAAAACAUAGAUGGAGCAGGAGAGGAUGAAGAGGAGGACGAUUUGGUGCAUGAUUGGUCAUAUAGAGAGAAAGAGGAUGAGGAGGUUCAGGAGGUAUCUCCUGCUGUUGGAAAUAAAAAAAUAAGAGCUCGUGUUGUCCUAGAGGUUCCUAAGAAGCAAAAGACAAGUACAGCUCUUUUAAUUCAAGAACAAAUUACAAAGAUUGCUGAUUCAGUCGAGUUUUUUACAUCAAAAAAGCAAGCUGAAGUCGUUUCUAUCAAAGAAGUGAUGGAUGUUGUCUUGGAUUGUGGGGCACAAUAUGGUAGCAAUGAGCAUGACAUUGCUACCCAAUUAUUUGUGAAAAAGGAACAAAGAGAGAUGUUCUUGACCCUUCCUACUAGAGAAAUUCGUUUGAAUUGGCUGACAAGAAGGUACAAUGACAAGUAUGGGAAUUGA